UGGAAGAGGCCAUGUUGAUGGUGCAUCGGAGACUGUGGAAAUCUGCGGUACGGCGCCGGGGAAGCUUUACAAUCUCUUGUUCUCUUUCAUCUCAAGCUCGGCCUAGGCUGUGGAAAUCUUCAGCUCUACCCGCGAUGAGGAAAGGAGAGAAAUUUCGGAAGAAAGUCAGAGCAAGGGGCACGUAGCCUUGCAUUACGGACAGUUAGGAGAGACUGAAAGCAAGCGGAUGCGGCCAGCUAACUAGCAUCGCGUGUGUUAACGCACCAUCAAGCAGCGUCGCCAGCUCCUCAGCAGAAAAGUCGCAGAUAGCGCUCCUCAAGUCGUUUAUUUGCCGACAGAAGUCGCUAGGCGUAGCUCUAUGGGUUAUCUAGGGUGAAAUUUCCCUAACGUUAUGCUUCCUACAUUUCACAGGGCGCUCCAGGUAUGCCAGAUGAACACAGGAUCCACUUUUGGUAGCCAGUUUAUGAACUAGGUUUUGAUGACUUGAUAGCUAGUUAGUUAUACAAGCUAACUUAGCAACAUCGCACUGUGAACAUUAUUUCGCUUUCUGCGCCGCUUUGGAACAAUCAUAAUACCCCACAAAUGUGCUCAUUUAUGUAGCUUGUAAGUUACAUCGCUGUAGAGGAGCAUUGCGAACCGAUUGAUUAAUUGCUUGGUCAACUGUUAGCUAACUAACACCAUCUAGCUGAAACCCCGAUUCUUACGGUUUCGGCUAUGAAAUUAUGGGCUACAUGGUGCUCAUGGACCAUGUUGCAGUAACGUACAAUUUAUUUUCCAGAUCGAACCAGUUUUCUUAGCUUGCUAGCUAGGUACCCCCCAUAGUCGUUAUUGUACCAAAAUCGCAAAAAGGAAAAGCUGGCGACCAUACACUUGGACCAGGACGAGAAAGAAUUGGGAGGGAUGGCAUGGGUGUUGAAGAUGGAUGAUGCUACGAUCGAGUCCGGACUGGUGCACGACUUUGAUGCCAGCCUGUCUGGAAUUGGGCAGGAACUUGGAGCUGGGGCUUACAGCAUGAGCGAUGUCCUGGCACUGCCUAUAUUCAAGCAGGAAGACUCCAGCCUCCCCCCGGAACCCGAGACCAAAAACCCUCCAUUCCAGUACGUGCUGUGCGCUUCCACAUCGCCGGCCGUCAAGCUGCACGACGAGACCCUCACCUACCUGAACCAGAGUCAGUCCUAUGAAAUUCGGAUGCUGGACAACAGGAAGAUGGGGGAGCUGCCGGAACUCAACAACCAAAGUGUGAAGAGCAUCGUGCGGGUGGUGUUUCACGAUCGGCGGCUGCAGUACACGGAGCACCAGCAGCUGGAGGGGUGGAAGUGGAACCGGCCUGGCGAUCGGCUGUUGGACAUCGAUAUUCCCAUGUCUGUGGGCAUCACCGACCCCAAGACCAACCCCUCACAGCUCAAUGCUGCCGAAUUCCUCUGGGACCUCUCCAAGCGAGCAUCCGUCUUUGUACAGGUGCACUGCAUCAGCACCGAGUUCACGCCCCGGAAGCAUGGGGGUGAGAAGGGCGUGCCCUUCCGCAUCCAGAUCGACACCUUCAAGCAGAACUCCAGCGGCGAAUACGCUGACCACCUGCACUCAGCCAGCUGCCAGAUCAAGGUGUUCAAGCCAAAAGGAGCCGACCGGAAGCAAAAGACUGACCGGGAGAAGAUGGAGAAGAGGACUGCACAGGAGAAGGAGAAGUACCAGCCCUCAUAUGAAACCACUAUUCUGUCUGAGAUGAGACUUGAACCUAUAAUAGAAGAACCAGUUGAACAUGAGCAGAAAAAGUCCAGCAAGCGGACUUUGCCCACAGACUGCGGUGAUUCUCUGGCCAAGCGAGGCAGUUGUUCGCCCUGGCCCGACAACGCCUACGUGAACACCAGCCCAGCCACUACGCCAGCGUUUCCCUCCUCUACACACAACUCCUACACUGUCCCCGUCCCCGACAGCGAUUCCUCAUCACCUAAUCAUCAGGGAGAGGUGACUGGCCGUGGUGCUACAGAGCACCUGGGCCCGUCGACCUCCGUGCAGGAUGUCCAGCAGUGGCUGCACAAGAACAGAUUCUCUUCCUACAGCAGGCUGUUCACACAUUUCUCAGGUUCUGAUCUGCUGAAACUGACCCGUGAGGAUCUGGUUCAGAUUUGUGGGCCGGCUGAUGGGAUCAGGCUGUUCAAUGCACUUAAAUCCAGGUCUGUGAGACCUCGUCUGACUGUGUAUGUGUGCCAAGAGCCUCCCCAUCCGAAGAGCAGCACCCAGCUGGAGGCUCACUGUGACGGUGAGAAUGGGGAGUUCAACGGUAGCGGCAUAUACGUGUAUCACGCCCUGUACCUGGAGGAGAUGACUGCAUCAGAGCUCACCCGGAAGAUCGCUUCUGUGUUCAACCUCUCCCUGUCCCAGAUCAGCCAGGUGUACCGGCAGGGCCCCACGGGCAUUCACAUCCUCCUCAGUGACCAGAUGGUCUACAACCUUGCAGAUGAGAGUUGCUUUUUAGUCAGCACAUUAAAUGAUGAUACUGGAGAAGGAUACCACCUGAUUUUGAAGUAACAUCAAGUGUGAAAGACAACCUCAGAGGCUCACUGGAGUCUCUCCAAGUGUUCGACUCUGUAUCAGCAGCGAGAAAACGCUGAGCCAAGUUACUGUUAGAAUCUGACUUCAGUGGAUACAUUGUUUCAUAUUGAAAACACUAUUAAGGAGAAGAUGCAUGGAUUAACGGCGGCUGUCUUAUUGUUUGGGUGGGCGGACGGGUGAGGGGUGUGUGUACGCACGCAAAGGGAUGGAGCCAGUGAUUGGAUGACUGCCUCGGCCAGUCAGAGC